CAGAAAAAGAGAGAGUGAGUGAGAGGGAGAGAGAGAGAAAGAGAGAGAGAAAAAGUGAGUAAGAAGUACAAAAGGGCCGGGAAUAAGAAGGGUGUGUCGGCAGGCGUGCAUGUCUGAAGGAAAACGAGAUCGGACAGCAGCGACUGAGAGAGACCAUCCGUGGCUGCCGAGCUCAUCACUCCACCGCCAUGCGUGGGACGCUGCAGAGAGGGCUGCUGGUGGCCCUGCUACUCCUGGCGACGGUCGUGUCCUGGGGCCACGCGGCGACUGCACUCACCCCCAACUGUGUUCCCCGUGAACUCUGCAUGGACACCGACGCGCUCCAGAAGUUGGCUCAGACCGUGGCGCACAACAUAAGUUCAGCACAUAAUUGGAGAAUUCUUCUCAACAUGAAUCAAUUUAUGCAAAUAAGAAGAUGGCGAAAUCUUCAUGGCUGUGUCAUGUUCCGAGUUGUUAGCUUCUAUGAGCGUGUUCUCCGGGAGAAGCUGGGCCUUAAAGAGAACGAAGACGUUGGCGAUCACAGGGGUCCACUCGUAGACCUUAUGGGGCUCAUGCAACACCUGGACGACUGUGUCCGUGUGGAUGAGGGGAAGUGUGAAAGAUUGGAUGAGAAAGCUGAAAAGAUGCCACUUAUUGAGCUAUCAUCUACCAAAAAAAGGACACCAAAACAGUGGGCAAUACUACAGAUUCAGCAUCUUAAUGAAGCCAUAAAAAAGAUCAGUGAAGAGGACACCAUAAACAAGGCGCUAGAUGAGCUGAAGCUUCUCCAUAACUACAUCAGAGGACGCGGCGUCCGCAAAUGGUCAGAUGACUAAAGAGAUGGAAGCCAUCUUGUCCAGCUCAUUUUAGCUAAUAAGUGCAGUUGUGAAGUAUGCGACACUUUUCUUUAUCCCUCUGUGCCUGUGUUUAGCAGUGAAAUGCAGGUACCUGUCUUUUAGUAAGCAGCAGCAAACCACUCAACACUUAAA